AUGACUAGAACCAACAAAUGGACAGAACACGAGGCCAGACCUGACCCAAAAUACUUCACCCAUGCCGGAAACUUUGGUGAAGCACCUAACAAUGUCAAGAAACAAGGCUCCGGCAAAGGUAAUUGGGGUAAACCCGGUGAUGAGAUCAACGAUCUGAUCGAUUCCGGGGAGGUCCCUCAGGUUUUCAACAAGGCCAGACGCGGUUCCAACACCCAAACCAACGAAAGAAAGUUUGAGAACAUUCAGCAUUAUCAAGUCUAA